GACGUGCGACUUGUUUUCCACAGGUGAAAGUACUUUCGAGACGAGUUUUUCCUCGUGUGUCCUUUGAACGUGUGGCUGCCUCGCAAUGGCGGUUUUGAGCAAGUUGCUGGAGACUAGCCUGCCGUUUCGUUGCUACGAGAUCGCCCACCCGUGGGAGCCAUCGUGUACUGCUAGCUGGGUGGCGCUGUUUUUCGACACGUUCAGCAACUCGAUCAAGCUGUACGGCGUGCUUUACUUGGUAGCACAGCUUGUAAGCCGUCGGACCUCCAGACGGGCAUUCGCAGAGACACUGCUGAGUAGCGUGCGAUCAGCAUCCUUCCUCGGCUACAAUGUGAUGCUCUUCAUGUUUGUCAUCUGUGCUCUGAGGUGGGGCUUUGGCCGCCUUUAUUUGCAGAAUUCCACCUUUGUGGCCGGGCUGGCAUCCGGCUUUCUGGCCAUUUUCGUCGAGCAUCCAAGCAGGCGUCGAGUUUUGUCGGUGUACAUGCUUAAUCAGUGCUCUGAGAUCGUGUUCAACUGCCUGCGUAGCCGAAACCUUGUACGUGAUGUUCCUCAUGGGGAGGUGUUCAUGUUUGCUGCGAGUUUGGCGGGCUUCCUAUAUUGCAUUAGGAACAACAACAAUCUAAAGGACCCUGUGUGCAAAGCUUUAAGGCGCCUCAUGGGUGCAGAGGAAUUCGCAGUUCCCGCAGUUGCGGCUGACACAGGACAGCCAUGUUGGCACUCGGGAAGCUGCUGGCGGCAUGCUGCCGAGGGCGUGCCUGCACCAUUUCUGACAGGCUAUGGUCUGCAAGCCCUGCUGUCUCUAGCAUCACCACGUCUGCGUCGCAGACCUUGGCAGAUAUUUAGCCGAUGGGCACCUAUCGCACAGGGGACAUUUCUCGCCAGUGCAGUGGGCCUGUUUCGGGGCUGUCGCUGCCUCCUGCGCUACUACUGUGGCUAUGAGAGACCCUGGCAGGUGUUUGCCUCUGGCCUUGUGGCUGGGCUCAGCAUGGCUGUCAGCCCCAACACAACCCUUUCACUCUACCUCACCUGGAAGCUUAUCGAGGUGCUCUACUGCCAAGCAGCAACGAAAGGCUACGCACCCACAUUAGCAUGGGGUCCUGAACUGCUGUUUGCUCUUGGAUGUGGAGUCAUGAUGUUCUGUGCUGUGGUGGAGCCACACAACAUGCGUCCAUCAUAUGCGAAAUUCCUCAACGACAUGACAGGUGAUCGGUUGCGCCGGGUCAAUCGUCAUCCACUGGAAGUGCUUGGCUUCCACUGCUCCUCUGUUUACCCAGACUACUUUCCACAGCUUGACCAGAGAUACGUCUCUCGACAUUUUGUAGAACGUGUGCUUGUUUGGAGCUGACCUGAGGCCACUGGGAUAGACCUGCAGCAGCCUUCACUUCUAUGACCGUUUCACUGUGACGUGGACGCGAUACCAAGCAUUGUUGAGGACACCACGCAGGUUCCAGACACCGUCAACACCCUCGGGUUGCGAAUUGUACGAUGAGUCAACGGCUUUGCACACAACCUCCACCUUGUCUGUAUCCUUGGGCACUGGAAGAUCGACCUGUAACACAUUCCAGAUAGCUAUCUCAGUGGAUGCCCAUGUGCAUCUUCACAUGAAAUGAUGGCCGAUAUUCAGCCUAGUCAGGGUGUCAGCCUGCGUAGCAGGACUAAUAAAAAAAGGCCUUGCAUCUUAAUUCUCAGUUUGCAUAAAGCUGUAGCAUUAACAGGAAAGAAAUAAAGAACAAGAUUACACACGUUGAAAAUAAAA